UUGGGUCGACCUGCCUGUUACAAGCUAUUUGGCCGUGACAGGAUUAGCCCAGCAGAUCGCGUGACUAUUUCCACUCUUCGGUACAGAGACUGCUGAACACUGCAGAUCGAGAACCAUUUACCUGGAAUAUUCACUUGGCCCUGCAUUAAGCUGAGUGACUUUGAUAGACAGCACCAGUCCUAGCAGACGCUUGAUCAUCCACUACGAACAACAGGCCUGAAGCAAUGUCUAUCGAAGCAUCAUCCACUGGUGCUGUGCGAGAAGCACCAUGUUCUCUGGCAGCCAGCAAGACCGGCUCCUAUGAUUAUGUCUUCGUUGGUUUCGGCCCAUCAUCAUUGUCCCUCGCCAUUGCUAUCCACGAACACGAUGCCUCGAAAAGAAUUGUUAUUUUGGAGCAGCAGCACCGAUUCCAUUGGAAACCCUCAGCUUUUCUGCCGACAAACCACAUGAGAACGUCUUUUCUGCAAGACUUGGCCAUGCAACGAAAUCCUCGAUCGGAGUUUACAUUCGUCAAUUACUCUUGGGAAGCCGGUGGCAGAGGUGGGUCACAGCAAAUGGACGCGUGGUUGAAUCUUGGCUCAAUGAAGCCUUCACGAGAGGUCUGGGGUCAAUAUCUUGCAUGGGCAGCCCAAAAACUAGAGAAUAUGCCGAACGUCGAAAUCAAAUAUGGCAAGGAAGUCAUUGGAACCAAGGCUGUAAAUCCACCACCAGUUGCUGCAUGGAAUGUUGCUGCAAAAGACACCGUUUCGCAAACAGUCGACAUCCUUAACGCAAAGAAGAUCAUAUUUGCAACAGGGGCGAAAAUGAGGAUACCUCCUGAGUUGAGAUUCAUCGGUCUGGAUAACCGUGUCGUGCAUACAGGUAAUUUUGCAGAGCUUGGAGAUGGUUUGACAAAGCACAAAAAUGAGCCAUCGAAUGUCGCUGUUGUGGGAGCGAACAAUGAGGCCGUAGAGGUAUUCAUGCAUCUUCACGCUGCCUUGCCCAAUGCAACGGGAACCUUAUUCGUCAACGAUCGGACACUCAGACCAACAGAUGGGAGCCCUUUCACCGCACAGCUGCUGCACACACCGACUGGUCCAUCCCGGAUCUUACCAUACGAACUCCGCCGGAAAUCACCCUCACAGCCGGAUCAGCCUUCCAAACCCCGGCCGACAGUCGCCGAAGAAAAUCUAAACGGCCUUUACGAGAUGCUGUACAUGCAAAAGGUCGCCUAUCGCGCUCAGCGCAAGAAUAAAUUCGCCAUUAACUUCACACAUACCGUCUCAUCUUUGACUCCCACUCCUGGCUCACCUAAGGUCACAAUAAGGCUCACGCCAAACACGCCAGUUACGACGAUAGACGUCCCAGAAAACAAGCCGUACGACUUAGUAGUCCUUGCGACUGGCGAUGAACGGUGAAUUUCCAACGGAAUGCGGUUGCCCGCGAUACCGGCAUCUGGGCAUUGAAUGCGCUGGCCAGCAGUGAGGAGAAUGUUUUUGAGUUUCUGGGACUUAGAAGUGAGAAAGUUUUGAGGACGUUGCUGCAGGUUCAGGAGCCGAAGCAAGUGUCGGGUAAGAAAGGGGUUAUCGAGGCUAGUGUCUUAUAGAUAGUGAAACGCUUAUAUGUGUUUCGAUA